GGUCACACUGUACUUACGUUUAUUUACUUUUUAAACAAAUUUUUAGAUUUUUUAUAGCCGUUCCACUCCAUUCAAUUCGAUAUGGAGAACUCUGGCGGCAUGGCGGACUUGGCCAGCGUCUCGUUCGCCGACUUUGAGACAAAGACCACGGAGGAGGAUGCGCCCUGCUACGAGAGCUACGGACAACAACAGAACAAACAUGAAAUGUCGCUGAAUCUGUCCUUGAAGGAGAAUUUGUUUGCUGCCGAUCAAACGCCCACACCCACGCGCCUCAUUAAGAACUGCGACGAAGUGGGUCUCUUUGAGGACUUGCAGCAUGUCAAUCCCUUCGACAUUGGAUUCCAGCGGGCGGCCGAACAGAAUGUGAGCGGCACGCCGAAUCGUCCAGAGGCUCCACAGAAUAAUGGCGAGUCCCUACACACACCACAAGUAUACCCCCUGGAGACGGUUUCGGUGCACACUACUGCCCCGCCUCCCGUCCCAGUGGGAGCGGUAAUGCGAAGCGAGAGCUGCAGUUCGAUUGAUGUGGAGCAGCUGCUGGCCAGUGAUACCACAACUGCAAUGUCAUCUUCAACUCCAGUUGUCUGCGCUGAUGGUCCAACGCCCAUACAUUUGAUUCAACCCCAAGUUAUCGCUUGGGUACUGCCUGCACAGACAGUGCCCGUCGCAGCAGAACUCCCUCGUGGAAAGCAUCUAACCAAUUCCAUUCCCGUGCCAUCCGGGCGCCCCUUUAUACUUCCCAAGCCCAGCACAAGGCGCAAUACCCCAGCGCCGUUGGUGGUGUCAAGCAAUCCGCCUGCUCCGGAGCCGAGCAGCGCCAGCCUAACGCCCACAUCGCAGCUGCCCAUUAAAGAGCGCCUGAAGGCCAUUAUCCACAGCAACAACCAGAAGCGCAGCUUCUCUGCACAACCCAAAAGUGUCCGAGCAAAGCCGGAUCGGGACGAGGAUUGCAUGGAGCGGCGUCGAGCGGCUGCCAGCCGCUACAGGAACAAGAUGCGCAACGAGCAGAAGGACCUUCGGAAGCAAAACGCCCAAUUGCAGCAGGAUAAUCAGGAUCUGCGCGAGAGAAUAGCCAGGUUGGAGAAGGAACUGCAGCAGCACAACAACAGCAUGGCUGGUGUUGUGGCAAAUCAACUAAAAAUUCCGCCCUCGAGCAUUCACCUGCUCAUCAAUGUCCCCAGUAUGCUAGUGCCUUCGUCGGCAUCCAACACGAGUGUGGAUAAAAAGUAACAUACGCUGAUGCAGCCUACCCUAGUGGUAAACUCAAACGAAUUAUGAAUUUGUUUGAUUUUAUUUACACAUUUGUAUGCUAUGGUGCCAUGAUAAUAAUUCUAGCUUAGACAUUUAUGUAUUUGUACAAUAAGGCCAUAUUUUGUUGUGCUUUCAUCUAAGAAGUAUUGCUUUUACGUUCCUGA